UAAAUGCACCAGGGAGUUAUCACAGAUCCUUCCCCUCCAGCAGCUAUUUAGAACACCGACAGGACUAGGACAUUUCUUCUAAUAAAGAAGAGUGAAGUCCCUUUCUACGCAGCUGGUGUGACCGUGACUGGGACCGAGGAUGGAAGAGCCCAGUGCAGAGCACGAGACGGCAGGAGAAAGAGAUCUGUGCUGGAAUUUUGUCGUGUUCAGUGUAAAAGUGGUAUUUAGCUCUUGGUUUAACUGUGUCUCCAUCCUGGUGAUACUGAUCGACUGUGCUGCUCAAGGGUCUUUCCAGCCCUGCGAAGGGGAACAUCUGAUUCAGGAGGUUAUAGAAGUGGGUGUCACUGUCUAUUUCACGAUGGAAUUGAUAAUCAAGAUGAGGGCUCUAGGUGACUACCCACGUAACAGAUGGCACAAAUUGGACAUCUACAUUCUGUGUGUCGAGUACUUGGUUAUCAUUCUGAACAUUUGCGGAGUGCACGUGGAAUGGCUCUUGGUGAUCUCAAUGCUGCGUAUGAUCAGCAGAGUGGAUGAGAUGCGCAAGGCGUUGUCCAUGAUAUGCAAAAUCCUGCCCUCGCUUGCAAACAUCUUCCUGGUGUAUUUUUUCAUCAUCUAUGUAUUUGGCGUCAUCGGAAUCCAGCUGUGGGCGGGGGACUUGCACCGUCGCUGCUAUUUGGAAGAGAACAUCACCCAGCUGUAUAACCAGAGCGUGAGUCCAUAUUACACGUCCUUACCUGGAGAGAAAGUUCAUUACAUCUGUUCUCCCAAAGAAAGUGGCAUGCGGCACUGUCACGACAUACCUCCCCUCCGUGAAGGCGGGAACAGCUGCUUGUUGUCUCCUUCCCAAUGGGAACUCCUGGCAGACGACCAAGCAAACGCUAGUGGCUGCAUUAACUGGAAUGCAUACUACACUGUGUGUCGUGCUGGUGGACCUAACCCGCUCUUGGGCUCCAUCCACUUCGAUAACAUCGGCUACGCAUGGAUUACUGUUUUCCAGGCCUAUUGGAGGAACCGAUCCACCACUGAUGCCUUCUCAUCAACAGUCCACACAGAGCUCACCCACAUGGAGAGCAGAAAUUCCUUCACCCAUCUGCCCUUCCUGGAUUUCUCCUCGACCUUCAACACCAUCAUCUCACAGACCUUGAAAGAAGCUCUCUUCUGUUGGACUGAGUCCCACG